AAAAACUUGGCUUUGAAGUUAUUUUCCUGCGUUUUUAGAUCCCGAAAAACUAAUAGCCACAUCAUAUUUUAAAGGUACCAUCCAAAACAGGGAAAAUGUCUCUGUCGAGCAGGGAGUGGGACGACCUGAAGUCCCUACUGGACAAAGCAGUGUACAAGUUCCUAGGCUUCACUGAACCCUCACUGGUCACAGCUGCGCUUAACUGUAUUGACAAAGGAUAUGACAAGAAAAAAACCAUCAGUAAGCUGGAAGUUAUUUUAGAUGACAGACAGGCAGAAAAAUUCUCUGAGAAACUUUUUGAUGUCUGGGAUGAUUAUAGAACAAAGAGUCAGCGUAAAAAGAGGAAGGAGGGUGACAGAGAGAGGGAUGAAGCGACGGAAAAGAAAAAGCGGAGGUUUGUAGACGAUGGUCCUGUUGAAGUACCAGUGCCAGCCAUUCCUGGCCCCGGAAAUCCCAGCCCUGGACAACUGACUGGAGACAAGAUAAAAGAAAUGAUGGCUAAUGCUAAGAACCUGAUUAAUGAGAGGAAGACCCAGCUCUCUGCCAUGAUGCCUCCUCCCCCAAAGACUCAGGGGGGAUUGUCCCACAAUGAAAUCCUUAUGAAUGAAGCAUUAGAAAAAGUGAGGCGAGCUCAGGAACUACAGGCCAAAAUACAGAACCAGAUGUCUGGUCUCAUGCAAGGGAAGGGAGGUCAGGGUGCAACCAUCCCAACAAAACCCACACCACUGAUCUUAGAUGCUGAAGGUCGGACGAUUGAUGCUAACACAGGACAGGCCAUUCAACUGACCCAUCACACCCCUACAUUAAAGGCCAAUAUCAGAGCCAAACGCAGAGAACAGUUCAAAGGUCUGAUAGAGAAACCCCCAGAGGAGAUCAGCGAGGGGAAAUACUUUGAUCCCAGAGUAGGAGCAAGGCAGGCACAGAGACCAAAGAGGGGAUUUAAGUUCCAUGAACAUGGGAAAUUUGAGGCUAUUGCCUCUAGACUUCGUGCUAAGGCCCAGCUUGACAUUUUACAAAGUGAGAUAGCACAAGCAGCAAAAAAGACAGGUAUUGCCUCUGCUGCUAAACUUGCUACCAUUGCACCAAAGAAAGAAUUGAGAGAGGGUGAGAUUCCUGCCGUGGAAUGGUGGGAUAGCUUUCUCCUACCUAAUGACAGUUAUGAUGGAAUUGAAGACAGACUGAAAGAUGGAAACUUUGAAGGCAUCACACAUUUGGUGGAACACCCUAUACAACUCAAACCCCCAAAUGAACCUGAAAAGGGGCCUCAGAUACCUGUAUAUCUAACGAAAAAGGAGAGGAAAAAAUUACGACGACAGAAUCGACAGGAAAAUCAGAAGGAAGUAACAGAGAAGAUAAGACUGGGAUUGAUGCCUCCUCCAGAACCUAAAGUUCGGAUGGCCAAUUUAAUGCGAGUGUUGGGAACAGAAGCUGUACAGGACCCUACAAAAGUAGAGGCCCAUGUCAGAGCACAAAUGGCCAAACGACAAAAAGCUCAUGAAGAGGCCAAUGCAGCAAGAAAACUGACAGCAGAGCAGAGGAGUUUGAAAAAAGAGAAGAAAUUGAAGGAGGAUACAUCCCUGGGGGUUCAUGUGUCUGUAUACAGAUUAAGAGAUUUGACAAAUCCAGCAAAGAAGUUUAAGAUUGAAGCUAAUGCCAAGCAGUUGUACAUGACGGGGAUAGUUAUCAUGCACAAGGAGUGUAAUGUAGUGGCCGUCGAGGGAGGGCCAAAACAACAGAGGAAAUUCAGGCGACUCAUGCUCAAUAGAAUCAAAUGGAAUGAGGAUAAACAUAAAAAGUCAACAAAAGAUGAUGAUGACAGUGAUUCUGAAGAAGAGCAGGAUAAAUCCAACAAAUGUGUUCUAGUGUGGGAGGGAACUACCAAACAGAGAGCCUUCACAGACUUCAAGUUUAAAGUGUGUCCGACGGAAGCAUUCGCUCGUGAACAGUUUAAAAAAUGUGGUGUGGAGCAAUACUGGGACUUAGCAUUCAGUGGGGCUGUAUUAGAGUCUACACAAGAUGAUGACUUCUUAUAGCAUCAAAGUGUACACUGAUCUGAUGUCUAAUGAAAGAUGAAAUGACUUGUCUAAUGAAAAACAAGGUUUUAGCAAAACUGGUUACAGUUAAAAUAUGAUGCUAAGAUUGGUUCAAGGACAUAUGUGCAAAGUAAAUACUUGUAUUAUUACCCAUUUUGUGGGAAAAA